CUUUCAUUGGCCAGCGGUUCUUCAUGUGCAGAACUAUUAUAUUCCAGGCUGGAAGGAAGUUACAGUUCCUUCCAUGUAACAAUUCAGCACCUCUAACAUAAGUUUCCUUGGACUUGCUUCACAACAACCCUACAAUUUGCUCUUUCUUAGCUUAUCUUUUAUUGCUUUUUAAAAUAUAGACACAGAACAGAACAGGACAACCCCUUCAAACUGCCAAGAUGUCCAGAGUAGCAAAAUACAGACGGCAGGUCAGUGAGGACCCAGAUAUCGACAACUUGCUAUCCACUUUGUCUCCAGAGGAGAUGGAAGAGCUAGAAAAAGAGCUGGAUGCAUCUGAUUCAGAUGGAAGCAUUCCUGUGGGGUUCCGGCAGAAAGACCAAACAGACAAGCAACCGAGUGGCAAAUACAACCGAGAAGCAAUGCUCAACUAUUGCGAAAAGGAGUCCAAAAAACUUAUUCAGAGGGAGCAGUCGCUGGAUGAAGAGAAGAAAAAAGAGGCAAAGACUCUUGAAGAAAAGCGGAAAGACCUGAAAAAAACCAGAACAUUUGAUCUGAAAAAAGAAGAAAAUAUCCAAAAAGCAAAUCAGAAAGGAAAGGAUGAACCAGACAGGAGUAAGAAAACUGGACUACUGAAAGAAGAAAAGACUCCCAAUGUGGAGAAGAAAAUAUCCAAGGAAACAGACAAAAAUACAACAGCUAAAGUGAGAGGGGAAGAAAAGGGUACAACACUAAAGAAUAAACUAAGAGAGGACAAAGCAAAAGAAGAGAAGCCAGCAGAGCUGAAGAGAGGGACUGAGAAGGGUAAAAAGGGUGAAGAUAAAAAAGAAUCUGAGAAAAUAGGGGAGAAAAUAACAGCCUUAAAACAAAGCUCAGACAGAAAAAGAGAAGAUAAAAAAGAAUCUGAGAAAACAGAAGAAAAAAGCUCCCCUUUGAAGAAAGGCUCCACAGUUGGCAGUGAAGAGAAAUCAUCAAAAGACAGAAAAGGGGCGUCUGAGGGGAAGGCCUCUGUGCCAGAGGUAGAGAAGCCAAUAAAGGACACUAAUGAGAGCACACCUUCUAAAUCUGCAGACAACUCCUCCAACCAGAGCAAGGAAGACGAAGCCACUAGUAUUUUUGACGAACCAUUAGAAAAAGUGAAGAAUAAUGACCCAGAAAUGGUAGAGGUUAAUGUCAAUAACUCCGACUGUAUCACCAACGAGAUCCUAGUGCGCUUUGCAGAGGCCUUAGAAUUCAACACUGUUGUCAAAGUCUUUGCUCUGGCCAACACAAGGGCUGAUGAUCAUGUUGCUUUUGCCAUUGCCAUCAUGCUGAAGUCCAACAAGACACUGACCAGCAUCAAUCUAGACUCAAAUCACAUCACCGGCAAAGGCAUCCUGGCCAUCUUCCGUGCAUUGUUGCAGAACAACACGCUGACAGAGCUACGCUUUCACAACCAAAGGCACAUCUGUGGAGGGAAGACUGAGAUGGAGAUAGCCAGCCUGCUGAAGGAGAACACAACCUUGUUGAAGCUGGGUUACCACUUUGAGUUAGCGGGACCCCGCAUGACUGUCACUAACUUGCUGAGCAGGAACAUGGACAAACAGCGGCAGAAACGUUUGCAGGAGCAGAGGCAGGCUCAGGAAAAGGGGGAAAAGAAGGAUUUCCUUGAGGUGCCAAAAAUUGCUGUCCUGCCCGCUGGCUCCCCUAAGGUUUCUCCAAAAUCAUCUCCCAAGACUUCCCCGUGGUCUUCCCCGAAAUCACUCCCCAAGAAAGCUGGAGCCCCACAUGCACCUCCUCCACCCCCACCUCCUUUGGCCCCUCCUCCUGCCCCUCCUCUGAUCAAUGAAAACUUACGGCUGUCCCUCUCCCCAGCAACUCAAAGGAAAAUGGUUGAGAAAGCUCUUCCUCCACAAGAGAAGAACUCUAGGGAUCAGCUGCUGGCUGCUAUUCGAUCCAGCAACCUCAAGCAUCUGAAGAAGGUGGAGGUUCCCAAGUUACUGCAAUAAGGAAUGGAGUCUAAAUUCCCUAGAAAGAUGAGAUUGCCGAGGUUGGAUCACUGUGUUUGUCUCUCAGGUGACUGUUUACAUGAGAAUGACUCUACAGGAACACUAGCUUGUCCUCUACUAGUUCCAGAUGAGCUGUGGGAUUGGAUGGGAUUGGAUUAAUUGGUUGGAUGGGUUGCCCAAGAGGUGUUGCAUCAGAAAGAAGCAAUAUUCAUUUUAAUGCUUUUUUUAAACCAUGAAACUUUUCCUCUGAAAGAGAGAUGUUGCAGAAGUUCAGAGGGUUGUGUAGGUGGACCUUUUGUCCUACAGUAUUUUUCUUGCAGGAGCUUAGAAAUUAAGGAUGAGGUAAGUCUUGAAGCAGAUUCUAUGUGGGGCAUCUCUGUUGAUCUUGCCAGGCACCAGACAACACCACUGCAGUCACAUGCCGCUAGGAAUAUAUAGAAGAGCAAAUCUACACCAGAGCAACAGCACAGUGGGAAAGUCACCGGGCCCAUCUUCAGCAGGAAAAGACUGCAAAAGAAGCAACACCCAGAUUCUUGCCACUCUCUGCUAGGUGUAACUGGCAGCAUCAUCACACUCAGUCUAUCUGAAAUAUGGUGAAUUUAGAGGAUGGGGGAGAAAUCACGGGGCCAAAUCCAAUUUUCCAGUGUGUCUGUGGUCUCAAGGAUUCCAUUCCUCUGAUGUAAAAUGCAAAGGCUGGCUUAUAUAAGCUGGGUUUCUUUUGUUCCCAGAAGAGGAGAAUAGAGCUCUGUUCAUUUCUGCCUCUGUUUUCUGUAUACCUGUGUGAAGGGCUUCUUAUGAUCCCAUGGACCUAACUAAGUGAGUAUAUGGGCUGGCAAUGGAAGUAGGAAUGGAUGAUAUUGCUGAAGGAUCUACAUGGUGCUUGUACCUCUGAAGGGGAGCAUCAUCUUGCAAACAAGAUUUGCAGACCUCAACCUCAGAGGCCUUUUGGGAGAGAAGGGUGUUUGACCCAUGGAGCAUGAGAAGUGUAAUGGAAAAGGUAAAGAGUGACUCCUACAUAUCUACGUGAAAAGAUUUGGGGAAUAUUGCAUCUUCUGCAGUGCUCAGGGCAAACACUCUCAGCCAUUUAUUAAGACUGGUGCACGCUCCGGUUGAGUCACUGUAGCAGAAGCAAUAACAAUCUAGCAGUCAACACAAAGCUGCACUUAUUUGUUAAAAAUGCAAGACAAGACUUAUUUGGGGACCAGGUUUCUGUGCCAGUUCCUGUUUUAAGAACAGGUUGCUUAUUUAUAUAGCCAAGAGAGUGGCACUUGUGACUAGUUUCCAAUUGACUACCAGAGCUUGGAAAAAAAUGGCUUAUUUGAGCCACAAGUCCUAGAAUGCUCUGUCAGCACAGACAUGCCAGUUGGGGAUUUCUUUGAAUUACUGUCCAAAAAAAAUAUGAGUUUUUCUUUACUCUGAAGUGUUGGUAGGUCAUGCGUAUGGAUGACGAGGAUGCUGUGUCUUCAGUCCAACCUAUGUGCCACUUUUACCACAAUUCUCUCAUUUCUUUCCUUCUAAGUGGAGACCCAUUCAUAUCUUGCCUUUGCAGCACUGCAGUCACUUAUUAUUUCCUGUGCAUGGAUCCCACAAAGUACUUGUUCACAUACAAAUAUUCUGCAUCACAUGGGUAGCCAAGAUAGAAAGGGCACAAUCUACGCUGGCACUAGCAGCUGGGAUGGAAGGACACUAGCAAGGGGAGUACCCAUGCAAUUCAGGCUGCCCACAUGGUAACAGGAUAAUUUCAUAGUGCUAAAGAGUGCAGUUUCAAAGCGGCAAAUAUGUCACAAAGGGGGUAUGUAAGAUAAGUGCCUGAGAGGAAAAAAUUGAGCUCAUCUGCUAUAUUGCUGUUCUCAUUCUCAAUGCCAGUAAAAAGGAUUUUCCCUCCACUAGUUCAGAGUGUAGAACAUGUGACCCACCGACCCUCAGAUGCUGUGGUUUCAUGCCAGGCCACAAGCAUUGGGGCUGUAUAUUGAAACAGAGAGCAGGUGGAGGUGACAUUUUCUGGAGUUUGUUCAUCAAAGUUCUGGAAAUCUGAUCAGGCAGCACAGAAUGGUAAUAAAGAAGUGAACCCCCAUGUUGUUCCCCACAGUGGCUUCCUUGGUAGAACACACAGAAAUUGUAACUCCUAGUUAACCUUUCCCUGGUGUAUAGCUGUUUUCACUAAGCACUCGGAGAGCCUUAAAAUGAUGUGCUUAUUUUUGCUCUCAUCUUUUCAACCUGUGCCUCUUCCUGGGACAAAGGAACCUCACAUCUACUUCAGUCUUCUCAUACUUUCCUGUCAACUGUGCUCCUUCUGGAAAAGCACUGACCAUUGGGGCACUGAAUUCUUUUUCCACAUGAUCAUCCCCUGGCUUCAUGAAGCUGCCUCAGCAAGGUGGCACAUUAUAGGAUUCCAGCUCAUACUGGCCCCAGCCAGCAUAAACAAAGAUAAAGCAUGAGGGAAACUAUAGUCUGACAACAUCUAGAGCAGUGGUGUCGAACUGUGGCCCUCCAGAUGUUCUUGGCCUUCAACUCCCAGAAAUCCUGGCCA